GUUGCCCCUGCAGCUACGGAAGAGGCGCGCCUCUGCACUGACCAUGUCCACCAACAACAUGUCGGACCCUCGGAGGCCGAAUAAAGUGCUGAGGUACAAGCCCCCGCCGAGCGAGUGCAACCCGGCCCUGGACGACCCGACGCCCGACUACAUGAACCUGCUGGGCAUGAUCUUCAGCAUGUGCGGGCUCAUGCUCAAGCUGAAGUGGUGCGCUUGGGUCGCCGUCUACUGCUCCUUCAUCAGCUUUGCCAAUUCGCGGAGCUCCGAAGACACGAAGCAAAUGAUGAGCAGUUUCAUGCUGUCCAUCUCAGCCGUGGUGAUGUCCUACCUGCAGAACCCGCAGCCCAUGACGCCCCCCUGGUGAUGGUGGGCCAGUGUCCCCUUCUGGACCCCUUCCAUCCUGGUGAUGAUUGCUCAGCCUCUGACUCUGCUACUGCUGUUGCUGUUCCCAGCCUGGAAAGUCCUGGGGGGCUGUGACUGUAUAGAGGGAGUCAGGCCGAUCUCCUGGUCCCCCUGGGACAGAACUGGGCACCUGCCCAGCCUACCUGCUACUGCAGGAGAAGAGAUGAUGCCACCCCACCCAUCCAUUUCUAGUCUUGUUUUCUUGUAGGAACUAGUUAAUAAAGUUUUACAAUCCA